AUGAAUGAUCUGAUGACCAAAUCGUUCACCAGUUACGUGGACCUUAAGAAACAGGCCAUGAAAGACAUUGAAGCAGAACCUGACUUGGAGAUGGGGCAACUUGAGCCUGCUGAAGAACAGAAUCUUGCAAAUUUUUUUGAAGAAGUGACAGCAAUCAAGGCUGACAUGGAAGAGAUUUCGAACCUGCUUCUUGAUCUUCAGGAUCUGAAUGAAGAAACCAAGUCCACACACAGUGCUAAAGUUCUUCGGGGGCUGAGAGACAGAAUCAAUGCUGACAUGGUUAGUAUCCUGAGGAAAGCGAAGAACAUCAAAGCAAGGUUGGAAUCGCUUGAUCAGUCUAACAUUGCUAACCGAGAGGUGGCUGGGUACAAGGAAGGAAGCCCUGUUGAUAGAAUGAGGAUUUCGGUGACUAGUGGACUGAGAGUCAAGCUGAGAGAUAUGAUGAAUGAUUUUCUGGCAUUGAGGGAACAGAUUGUUAAGGAGCACAAAGAGGGUCUCAAGAGGAGGUACUAUAAUGCAACCGGAGAGGAAGCAACUGAAGAAGUGAUUGAGAAGAUUUUGAGAAGCGGGGAGGUCAAAGUUUUUGAAGGGAAAACAGAGCUGGUGAUGGAGAAUCAGGAAAGAGAUGAGGCCUUGAAGGACUUGAAGAGAAGCUUGACAGAACUGCAUCAAGUUUUCCUGGACAUGGCUGUGUUGGUUGAAGCACAAGGUGAACAGAUUAAUGAUAUCGAAAAGAAUGUGGCUGAUGCUGCAGUUUACAUAAGUGGUGGAACCAAGGAACUCCUUCAUGCUAAGCAGUUGAAGAAGAAAAGAGGAAAGUGGGUUUGUUGGAUUAUGGCUUUUGUGCUGUUUGUGUUAUUGGUGUGCUUUAUUUCCAUCAUAGCUGCUUGA